GGCAGCUUUAGAAUUAAACCUCUACUGUACUAACAUAUUCCAAAAACAAAAACUUGUGAUGAAAAUACAGGAGAUUAUUCGUUACUUCCCCAGUUUUCGAUGGCAAAUUCGUCACCGAAAACCAGGACCUCCUUGGUCAGUGGUAUAACUAGAUGUGAAACGACACAAAGUUUCUUCACGGCGCCUGGCACUUUCGUUGUUUUCAAAGCGUCAGGGAGAAUCAGGAAGUUACGUCAAAGUUUACAUGCUGACUAGUGUGAAAUUUACCAAAUCAGGGACACCCAUUCCCUUGGAUUCUGCUGGAAACGAGAUUUGUUUGUUAUUUCUGAAAUAUGGAAGAUGCCGCUUUAGGAAGAAAUGCAAGAAAUCACACUGGACACCACCUUUGCCAGAUGAGGAGUUCCCACCGCCACCACCUCGCCCACCAUCCCCUCCCUCAUCAUUUCCUGACCAUUGCAGUUCCUUUGAACAAGAAGUUGCCAACCCACAUAUUUCUGUACUGGACAAACAACAAUAUACUGCGCUUGUGAAUGAAGCAAAUACUGAAAAGGAAAAUAUUAUUUUAAAUACCACAUGUGCAGAAACAUCCAUCACAUUCCCAAAUUUGGACUCUCUUCUAGACCAAGAUGAGUUCAAGUGCAGAUCUCAAGAUCAAUCUUUUGUUACAAUGCCAUCUACAAAUUUUUGUCCCGACAAUUUUCAAGAAGAUACUGAGCCAAUGUUUACUAGUGCAUCUACCUCAAAUAACUCUCUGACACAAUCCUGUCUUGGUACUGACAUCAGAGAUCUAGCCGAAAAUACAGAAAAGGAAAUCAGGGACUUAAAAACUGCAUCUGAUAAUAAUGAGAGUUCAACAAAGCAUAAGCUGGAAAAAGUAUUGGAUAGGACAAUGGAAGUCAUUAAUAAGGGGAACUGCAGAUUUGAUUAUUUAUAUCAUCAUGUGGGACGAACUAAAGAUUGCAGCUGGAGAUUUAGAAGCAGUCUGGAUCAAAGUUAUCAAAGUUAUGGAGCUUAUUAUGAUAAUAUGAGUCAGAAACUUCAGUUUCAUCACCAGCCACAGAACAAGGUGGAGAAAAAAAGAUUAAAACUUCUUCGAAGGUCUCACUGGAACACAUUACAAACACUUAAUACAAGGCUGGCUCAAGUUCCUCCAGGCUACAAUUUGAAAGUGAAUUUUGCGCGUGUAAACUUCAGCAGGCUAAGGCCAUAUUUUUAUCUACUGGUGCAGCAGUGCCUCUUCUGCGAGGACACAACCGAGAAGCGAUGGAGACCUCACGCAUUUAGCUGUUUAGUAACAGAAACUUUGAUCGCCCUCUUUACCAGCUGCAACAUCACACCAGAAGAGGCAGAAAGGAAGAUGCAGGAAUGGGGUGCAAGACCAGUCAGGGCAAGGCAGUGUAUUUCUCACAUGUGGAACAUCAUUGUGAAAUCGUCUUUAUCAUUAAUUGGAGUUGCGCAAGAAGUCGUGGAAUGUGAACAGAAAGUGUUUGCAAAGAAGCUGUUUGCUGUGGAUUAUGCUUACGCCUGUUUUCUGGCUAGGCCAUUGGUGAAGGCAAACAUGGAGAAGCCAUCUCUACCGAUCACUAAAUCAGUACAAAAAGGAAUAAAAGCAGCUACUGAAAGGUCACUGGCUGAAAAGAAAAGAAAAACGUUCAAGUCCCCAAUGUUAAGUGAGAAUAUUCAAGCGCAAAGAAAAACCAUGGCUUUUGGGAGAACAUACGAAGAAUCUCACAAUGGCGAUGCAAAAAGGAAAGCAGCGACUUUUAAGAAAAAGAGAAAAACGCGAAGGUCGAGGCAGAUUUCGUUGCUGGAUGAAGCAGGGAAACAAGAUUUAGAAGAACGUUGUAAAAAGAUUAUUGACGAGUUGACAUAGGGUAACAUGCGCGAAUCGCGCCCUGUUACAGUAUUAAUAGGUUAUGUUACGUGAAAAUAGUGAUACCAGACAAGAUCCUAGCAUGAAGCUGACUAAGGACGAGUCAGUUUGGUCGCGAGCUUAGCAAACUACUUCAGUCGAAACGGGAAUUUUUACGCUAUUUUUAAGUUUAUUUUUCCAGGAAAGUUCGGCAAGAAAAACAAGAGGCCUCGAGUUUGCGCACUCGAUUCAGUUUCACCUCGUAGCUCUUGUCUGCACAUGCCGUAAGUGUCUGGAAAAUUUUUCUAGUCGCCAUCGCCUUUUGCGCUCAGCUCUUACUCGCCUCGGGUGGUAAUGCAAUAUAAACAAUCAUAUUUUUCCUCAGACCACAUGUAAUAACAUUUACUGAAGGUUAAUUGUUUCUCUUCAAUAAAAGAACUAAU